AUGUCGACCUUCAUUACCUACGACCAACCCCACGUCUCAGCGGACGUCCCCGCCGAGGAGCCGGCCAACGUCGGGGCGGAACAGUCAUCGAGGGCCAGAGGACUUAGAAGAUCACGCUCAGGAUGCUAUACCUGUCGCGUGCGGCGAAAGAAGUGCGACGAGGGCCGUCCGUCUUGCGCAGCGUGUAGCAAGCUCUGCCUGAAAUGCGACUACGUCAAGCCCUCAUGGUGGAUGAGCAUGGAGCAGCGGCGUUUGCAAAAGGAACGGAUUAAGGAUCGCAUCAGGCAGACCAAGAUGAUCGAGAGAGAGGGGUCUAUGCGGGAAUACAUGCACCACAUGCGAGAGACUUUUGCUCAGCGCACCCAAGCUACUGUGCAAUACGGUGGACUUACGACUCCUGUGUCUGCGUCGGAUGUGUCACCAACUUAUGACGAAAUCGGCCUUCCUCCAUCCCAGAACUUCUUCCUUGGUCCCGGCGCAGUCCAAUGCGGCAUUGACCAGACGCAGGCACAACACAAUGCCCGAAUCAUGCACGAAUUCAAUCGCCCUCUCUCAUCAUUCCAAUCGACUAUCCUCGUGGAGGACCGUGACCGGCCUCUGCUAACCCAUUUCCUCGACCACGUCCUGCAACUCAUCUUCCCCAUUCUGGAGCUCCACCAGCGCCGUCCCGCACGUGCAAGCGAGAUUCUCCGCUCCCUGCAGACCAACCGUUCUUACCUGCACUGCUGCCUCAGCGUGUCAGCAAUCCACAUCAAAACAACCAUGAAUCUCAGCGCAGAACAAAUCGACAGCGACAUCAUGCGCCACCGGUACGAAGCAGUUUCCCAGCUCUCCCAAGCCUUAAGGAACUGUUCAGACCAACACGAGCAGAUUCUCGACGCAACGCUGGCGAUGAUCUUCUUCCACUGCUCUGUGGGCGCACCGGACGACUAUCUUCCCGAUAUCCCAUGGAAUGCUCACUUCCAGGCCGUGUCCAACCUAAUCAACAAGCUUAACUUCGUUCCCCAGCCGUUCAGCAUGUCCCUGAUUUCCUGGAUCGACAUCUUCGGCGCAACCAUGCUCGGCAAGUCCCCUCAGUUCGCGCACACCUACCGCAACCGCCACAUCAACGGAACCUCCUCAGGACUGCAGGAGCUAAUGGGCUGUGAUGACCAUGUUAUGUACCUAAUUUCCGAAAUCGCCUGCCUCGACUCUCUCAAGGCAAGUGGCCGCAUCGGCGAAGCCAAGCUCCGCCACCACAUCUCCGCCUUAAGCAUGCAGCUUGAGCACACGGCCUCCGCCGACGCAACCCUAGAAUGGCCGUGCACCUCCCCCGGCGGCACCGUCGAACCCCAAAAACUUACUGCCAGUAUGAGCGCCCUCUUCUGCAUCGCUGCCCGCAUCUACCUCCGCUCCCUCGCCCCGAACUUCUCCUGCAACCAACCCAGCAUCAUCAGCCUUGUCGGCGCCGCCGCCGAAAUCCUACGCUACAUCCCUGCCGGAAUUAGGGGCUUCGACCGCGCCAUCGUCUGGCCACUUCUUAUCACAGGAGCCCACUCCAUCCCCUCCAGCCCGUUCCGGUCUAUCUUAGCGGAGCGGGCCUCCGCGCUAAGCGACCUGGGCGACUUCGGCAGCUUCGGGCGCAUGUACCGUCUCCUGCAGGAGCUAUGGAGACUUAAUGAUGACUUGAUCUCGCCACAGCUGCCUAGCUCGGCUACUUCGUUGACGUUUCCAGAGAGAUUGCCGGAGCCUUCUCAGGGAACGCCGGGGCGAUCGUUGAGGAAGCAGCAGGUACAUUGGAGGGAUGUUAUGCAGCGGAGGGGGUGGGGAUAUUUGUUGAUGUAG